AUGGAAACUGGUCAACCUGAAGACUCCAAGGCUUUGUCGGCAGAAGCCGACCGGUCUGACUCAGUCAACGACGAUGCGGGCAUCGGCCGAUCCUACGAAUGCAUGUUUUGCAAGCGAGGCUUCUCGACGGCACAAGCUUUAGGCGGGCACAUGAAUAUUCACAGGCGCGAUCGUGCCAGGAUCCGCCAUCAGACAUUUCCUUCAGUCUCCAUGAAGCCCGACGACAGUGAUCCUCCCAAUCUAGGCUUCCUUCCUCACUUCCCCAACCACCCGGCUUAUCAUCCACCAGUCUCUGAGAGUCUAAGAAAUUAUCACAUGUAUCUUCCUGCUUCCACAUCCGGUGCCAGACACCCACAGGCACUCCGCUCAGAUAAUCCACCCCUAGAGCAGCUGCAUCCAUUGAGUCUUUUCGGAGACGAUUUGCAUGUGGGACCAAGCAUACCAUCUGAUCCCACAGGUGGAAGGGAAGAACAAAUGAAGGGACAAGAUGUUGAUGAUGGUGAAUUGGAUUUGGAGCUUCGACUGGGCCAUGAACCAUAGAUAUGGGUAUUUAUCCAUAUCUAUCUAUAGAAUAGAUGGUUUUAUUGUACAGUUAAUUUAACCACAUAUAUGUUCAUCAAGAUGCUGCUGCCCUCUUGUGACUGCACAAUUCAUUUGAAUCUCGCAGCCACUUCGCCUGAAGUUUGCCUCGCGAUCGAGGCAUGUUGCCCUGAUUCGCCGGUUGUUGUGUCCUCAGAGCCAUCAUGAAGUUUAUACAUCCGCACAUACAAGGACUGAUGGUGUGGAUCCCUCUACACCAUACGUGCAUUGCGUUAAAGAUGCCUACUCACAGCAGUUGGAGGUAGUUACAUUGUGUUCCUUAUAUUUAAUUCUCUAACCUUAAUCUUAUUAGGGUUUUAUAUAUAGGAUAAAACAUUGUGAGUGGUUUAUACAAUAUAAGGUUUUUUUUUGCUUUAGGGCAGUUAGCCUUAAAGUUUCAUUGAAAUAUUUGUUUAUUGGGAUUGUCAUAUUGUAAGUUAUAUUUUGGUUACAAUAUUGGAUGCAUGAGUUGCUUAUAAUAACUAGAAAAGUUAUAUUAGUGGUGCUAAGCUAUGUCUUUUAUUGCAUUGUAUUUUUCAUAUUUCAUGAGUUUUAUGAAGAUUGUACUUGUGAUUUUAAAAAAUGGGGCUUUCUGUAUGUUUUCAUAUUUCAUGAAUUCUAUGAAGAUGCUUAUGAUUAAAAAAUGGGGUUUAAUAUGAAAUGAAUUUCUGGUUUUCUUUCUAGUAUUGUUUGAAGGUGAGA